AUGGUAAAUGAUGCAAGAACAUCAGACAUUCCUAAUGUUGAACAAUGGAUUGUAGAUGCACAGGACACUAUCAAACAGGUACAAGAAAGCUGCGGUAGAUUUCUGAAAAACACUGACAGCUUACUUCAUCAAAUCCAAACGAAGAAAGCCAAAGUUAACGACGCAAGCUCUUCUCAGGUGUCUGUAGAGCAUGAGCCAGGCUUACGCGGUGAGGACGUGAGGUCUGCGGAGAAAACCAAAAGGAGCACCUGAUUGAACAUGGGCCUUUUCAGCCGAAAUUGUCUUGUUUCCCAGCUAGCCGUUUUUCGCCACGAUGGUAUAACGAGUACCUACACUUAGAAUAUAGUAUCAAGAAAGAUGCUGUGUUUUGUUUCGUAUGCUUGCUAUUCCACAACGCGCCCUCCAAAGAGAAGGCAGACCCAAGCUGGAUAAGUACGAUAGUAAGAAAAUGGCACAAGAUGAAGAGUGUUGGAAAGAACAAACAAGGAAAACUGGCUCAACACUUCUCGUCGCAAAGUCACAAGGCUUCUCUAGCAGCAUACUGCCACUAUUUAAAGAUGACGAAACAUGUGGAUAUCCAACUGGAUAAAGCUAAAAGGGCCGCACAAAUCCAGGAAGCCGAAGACCUUGAAUGCAACCGUAAAAUCAUCCACAUCCUUUUGGACAUCGCAAGAACACUUGCCCGGCAAGCUCUUCCAUUCAGCGGUGACAGUAACGAAGAAGGCAACUUUUACCAGUUGGUCCUAUUGGUUAGUAGACAUGUCCCAAGUCUUCGUCGGUGGAUAUAUAACUGACAAAAGGAUGAAUCCCUACCACGCCACCUAUUUGAGUCCUCAGUCGCAGAACGAGUUCAUCGCUUUGCUCGAAGCAGAACUGAGAGAAAAAGUUGUGGAAGAAGUAAAGAGUGCAGGGAUGUUUUCUGUGAUGGCAAACACAACUCCUGACGAAGAGCACUCGGACAGACUUUCUGUUGUUCUUAGGUACGUCAACGACGCGGGAAAGCCAACCGAAAGGCUGAUUGAUGCGAGGGAGACUGUUGAUAAGACACGUCUUGGUCAAACGAAAGACAUCCUAUCCUAUCUACGAUAG